CGUACAUGUUGUUUGUUUGCUUAGAGUUGCUAUUGUAGUUAGUAAACCUUUUGAAUUAAUGCCAUUUCAAAGAUUACAUAUUAGUGUUUGCUUUGUAUUCUUCAUCGCGCGGCAUUGUUAUCUUCGCACCGGUUCGUUCUUGCACGUUUCGGAAUAUUCGCAUACUAGAACGAUCCUGAAAACCGUUUGAACGAAGGCUACGAAUUCGCUCGUUGCCACUCCUUCGAACUGUGGCUCAGUGAUUUCUCGAUCCUGAGGUUCUUCGGAAUCCUGUUCACUGCUUUGCACGAACACUGAAAAGACCACUUUUCAAAGGAAGGUCUGGUGCGGAUGGAAAUUUUGUGUGGAUCAGCUGUAGGUGAUGAUGACUUCAAACAAGUCGCAAAUAUGGUAAAGCCGUCCUCGUGCACGGUUUGAACUCCGACAAGAAGCAAGUGGUUAGCUUGAAACACCCGUUCACCUUCGACUAUCAACCUGCUUCCUCCUCCGACGUAUUGAAAAAAAUCGGCAAGCUGCAAAUUUACCGUCAUCAUCGAAGAGUUUAUCGCAUUGGAUGCCUGUUUAAGAAAGAAAUAUUAAAGAUGUUACUGUAACUGGUUUUGGGGCACCAAAGAAAUCGAAAUCGAAAAAAAAACCACCGAAACACGCUUCCGAUUAAUUAUAACACGGUUCAUCGUGGGGAGCCGCAAAUGGAAAAAUGCACAAUGAAGCGGUGAUGCUGGAUGCUGAGCACGGUUUGUUGGUUUUACGCGAGAACAGCCACAGGUAGAGUCUCGACAGGUGGAGGCGAUGAUGGACGAGGAGGAGGCCGCGAAUAAGAGGAUCUUGUUGGAGCGUGCCAAUGCAGAACGCGAGGCAAUAUUCGUCCGCUAUGAGCGGGGGAGAAAAAAUGUGGAUAUCGAUUCGUGGGAUGAUCCAGCUUUUGAAGUUUACACCCAAGCGGAUCGUUAUGGGUUUCUGCACCCGGAGAAGGAGCAGCCUGAAAGAGACGAUCUGGAGGUGGCCCGGCGAAAACAGAUUGAGUUCGAUCGUUCUAAAAAAUGGCUGAAAAUGAUGAAAAAGUGGAACAGUGCUGAAACGAAGGAACGAUUGCAGCGACGAGUGAUGAAGGGUAUCCCAGAUAGAAUGAGGGCUGCCAUUUGGAAGAAGCUGCUGAAUAUUGAACAAACCUUGGAGGAGAAUGUUGGGGUUUACGAUAAGAUGCUCAAGUUCGCUCGUCAAUACAGUCCAGAUAUUCGUCAGAUUGACUUCGAUGUGAAUCGUCAGUUCCGUAACCAUAUCAACUAUCGCGAGCGGUACAGCGUCAAACAGCAGAGUCUCUUUAGAGUUCUUGCUGCUUACAGUAUGUACAAUAUGGAGGUAGGUUACUGCCAGGGUAUGUCAACCGUGGCCGGAGUACUUCUGAUGUACUUCGACGAGGAGGAUACAUUUUGGGCGUUGAAUGCACUCCUCUCUAGCGAGCGAUACUCCAUGCAUGGGUUGUAUGUGGAAGGGUUUCCCAAGUUGAUGCGUUUUCUGCAGCAUCACGACAAAAUUCUCACAAAGUGUAUGCCAAAAGUUAAGAAGCAUUUAGACAAACACGGGGUGGAUUCUGUGUUGUACUCGCUCAAGUGGUUUUUUGUUAUCUUCAUUGAGAGGAUACCAUUCAAUCUUUGUUUACGAGUGUGGGACAUCUAUAUGAUGUUUGGCGAGCGCGUUCUAACGGCGAUGGCUUACACCAUCCUCAAAAUUCACAAAGUGAAACUGCUGCGCAUGAAGGAUAUGGAUCAAAUAACCGAAUUCUUACAGACAACAAUGUACAAAAACUUUGGAUAUGAUGACGAUACUGUGAUAAAGACCCUUCAAGUAGCAAUGUAUGAACUGAAAAAGUUAAAUCUGGAUAAGCUGCCACCUCCACCCACAAACGAAUUUCCCAAGUUUCCUUUUGGGCAAUUCAUCGAGCCAAGCUUAGAUACAAAGAUCGGUCAUCGCAACGAAAAAUUCACAGAGAAAGAGACCGAACUGAACAAAACCGUUCUGUUCAGAAGCGAAUCCAAGAACGAUGACGACGACGGCGACGAGGUUGGUGCGCAUGAACGGAAUGACGAGGAGGAUCAAACUGAACGGGAUUGUGACGAUAUCACCGAGGAUACGAUUAGCAACCUGCAUACAGAUUGUGACGAUGGCAGCAUUACGAAACAAUCGCUGACCGGGACAUCGAUUACAUCGACCAACGAUGUUAGCUUAACUUCAUUCGACCGUACCUGUGAUAUCUUCCGUCUGCAUCAGAACGGAAGCAUCGUGCUAGGAAAUGGGUUUGAUGACAACAUUAGCACCGUAUCGACGCAGUUUAUUGACGGAGGAGACCUAUCCUCGAUACAAAGUUCGGUUCCUAGCGAUAAGGUGGCGGUUGAGGUGGUCAUCAAUGGCAUUACCGGAAUUGUUGAUGAUGAAGAUGAAGACGAAGUUACGGAGAAGCAACUAUCGAUGUAAUUGCACGAACAGCGCAACAUUCCUAAUGACAAUCAACCGUCCAAUUGAGAAACAGAUUGGGAAAAAUAUACACUGCCAUUUCAUCAGUCUUUAUCCUGGACUCAUUUGUCAACGACAAUUAACAGCAAUAACUUUUACGUGUGUAUUUUACAUCUUUUCAUUCCGUAGUCUAUAUGUUGUUUUAUAUAUCGUCAUAACAAUGGAAUUGUGUAGAGUAAAUCAGGUUUUGAUGUGAAGAAUAGUUCUGUUUGUACAAGUCUGUUUUGUUGUCGAAUUCUACCGGUGAGAAAUAUUAAAUCAGAUGAAAAUAUACUUUUGAAUAUCUUA